AUGGGGAACGCAGAGAGCAUGGAGAGCCAGCUGGCGGUGAUCCGGUCCAGAGCGGCUCCGGUUCGACUCCCGAUGCCGGACCCGGCCGAGCUGGAGGAGAGGUUCUCCAUCGCACUGAAUUCGAUGAACCUUCCUCCUGACAAGGUGCGUCUGCUGCGUUCCUAUGACAACGAUAAGAAGUGGGAGCUGAUCUGUGAUCAGGAGAGGUUUCAGGUAAAGAACCCUCCACACACCUACAUCCAGAAACUGAGGGGCUUCCUCGACCCGGCCGUCACACGCAAGAAGUUCAGAAGAAGAGUCCAGGAGUCCACUCAGAUGCUCAGAGAACUUGAGAUUUCUCUUCGUACAAACCACAUUGGGUGGGUCAGAGAGUUUCUGAAUGAGGAGAAUCGAGGUCUGGAUGUUUUGGUGGAGUAUUUGUCCUUCGCUCAGUACGCCGUCACGUUCGAUGGGGAGCAGGCCGAGGCCGGAGGAGAGGUCUCGUCCAUCGACUCUCCCUGGAGUCGGUCCAUAGAAGAUCUCCAUGGCGACUGCAGCCUCCCCUCCCCGUCCUCAUCUGUCCCCAGAGCAGCUCGACACUCCAUCAGCUCUGCGAUGGUGACUCGCUCCAACACUCUGCCGAGUCGGAAAACUCUGAAGAACUCACGACUCGUCUGUAAGAAGGACGACGUUCAUGUUUGUGUCAUGUGUCUGAGAGCCAUCAUGAAUUACCAGUACGGAUUCAACAUGGUGAUGUCACAUCCUCACGCCGUCAACGAGAUCGCCCUGAGCCUCAACAACAGGAACCCCAGGACGAAGGCUCUGGUGUUGGAGUUGUUGGCGGCGGUGUGUUUGGUGAGAGGAGGACACGAGAUCAUCCUGUCAGCCUUCGACAACUUCAAAACUGUCUGUUCAGAGUCGAUGCGUUUCGAGAAGUUGAUGGAACAUUUUAAGAACGAAGACGACAACAUCGACUUUUUGGUGGCCUGUAUGCAGUUCAUCAACAUCGUGGUUCACUCGGUGGAGGACAUGAACUUCAGAGUACACCUGCAGUACGACUUCACCAAACUAAACCUGGACGAACACCUGGAGAGGCUGAAGCACACAGAGAGCGACAGGCUCCAGGUUCAGAUUCAGGCGUACCUCGAUAACGUGUUCGACGUCGGGACGCUGCUGGAGGACGCCGAGACCAAAACGGCUGCUCUGGAACGAGUCGAGGAGCUGGAGGAGAGCAUCGGCACGAUGUCGGAGCGUCUUCUGGACGUGGAGAACGAGGCGAUGCUGAAGAUCGUUGAACUGGAGAAACAGCUGAUGCAAACCAACAAGGAGCUGGACCACGUUCGGGAAGUGUACACCAGCACCAACUCUCAGGUGCACACCUUGCGGCGGAUGGUUCGGGAGAAGGACCAGACGAUCCGGCGUCAGAGUCGUCUGGAGCGUCAGGCCCAGGAGGCCCAACAGGCCGGGGGACCCGGAGCUCCUCAACCCCAGAGAGGAGAGGGAGAUGGGGGAGUGGGUGACUCCGCCUCCCCUUCACCUCCACCUUGUCCUAACCUGUCCCCCAGUCCUGAGACUGUAGCCUAUCACGGCAUGGGACCAGGGAUGGGCGGAGUUCCGGGGAUGGGCGGAGUUCCAGGGAUGCCGGUCCCGCCCCCUCCACCUCCUCCGCCACCAAUGCCAGGCACAGUGUCCAAUGGGUCGUACCCUGCACCCCCCCCUGCUCCUCCUCCUCCCCCUCCUCCACCUCCUCCCCCAUGUCGGACCAGCGAGCUCUCCUCCUCCGUCCCCAUGCCCCCACCUCCCCCCUGUGGCCCCCCUCUCCCAGGUUCUGGUGGGUCGCCAACGGUCAUCUUUAACUCUGGACUUGCAGAGGGUCCUCUCAAGUUAUUCUCGGUGAAGAUAAAGAAGCCGAUCCAGACCAAGUUUAGGAUGCCGGUGUUGAACUGGGUCGCCCUGAAGCCAAGUCAGAUCAACGGGACCGUCUUCAACGACAUCGACGAUGAGGCCAUCCUGCAGGACCUGAAUGUGGAGGAGUUUGAGGAGCUGUUUAAGACGAAGGCUCAGGGUCCAGCAGUGGACUUGACUCUGUCCAGACAGAAACUUCCUCAGAAAGCUCCGUCCAAAGUUUCUCUGCUGGAGGCCAACAGGUCCAAAAACCUGGCCAUCACUCUAAGGAAGGCCGGCCAGGGACCAGAGGUCAUCUGUCGCGCCAUCCACACGUUUGACCUCCGGACAGUUCGGGUCGACUUCGUGGAGUGUCUGAUGCGUUUCCUGCCGACUGAGGCCGAGGUGAAGCUUCUACGGCAAUACGAGAGGGACAGAAAACCUCUGGAGGCUCUGAGCGACGAGGACCGAUUCAUGAUGCAGUUCAGUCGCAUCGAACGACUCAACCAGCGCAUGUCCAUCAUGACCUUCAUGGGCAACUUCACCGACAACGUCCAGAUGUUAACUCCGCAACUUCACGCCAUGAUCGCUGCUUCGGUUUCUAUAAAGUCCUCACAGAAGCUCAAGAAGAUCCUGGAGAUCAUCUUGGCUCUGGGGAACUACAUGAACAGCAGCAAGAGAGGAGCUGUGUACGGAUUCAAACUACAGAGUUUAGACCUGCUGCUGGAGACGAAGUCGACCGACCGUAAACAGACGCUGCUUCAUUACAUCGCCAACGUGGUGAGAGAGAAAUAUCCGGCCAAGAGUUUGUUCUACAACGAGCUUCACUAUGUGGACAAGGCUGCUGCAGUGAGUCUGGAGAACGUGCUGUGUGAUGUGAAGGAGCUGCAGCGCGGCAUGGAGCUCACCUGGAGAGAGUUCAGUGUUUCACACAACGCCAUCCUCAAAGACUUCAUCAGCCGCCACGAGUCCCGACUCAGCAAACUACUGGAGGACGCACGCAUAGCUGAGGAUGCUUUUGAAGACGUGGUGAAGUUCUUCGGAGAGAGCUCCAAGACGAUGCCACCGUCUGUUUUCUUCCCCAUCUUCGUCCGUUUCAUUAAAGCAUACAGGCUGGCCGAGGAGGAAAACGAGCAGAGGAGGCGUCAGGAACAAAUGUUACUGGAGAAACUGGAGCAGGAGGAGCAGCAGGAGGAGGAGGAAACCAAGUCUCCCUCCCACAGGGGGAAGCGGCCGCAGCAGGAGCUGCUCACAGAGCUCCGACGACGACAAGGAAAGGACAGUCGCCAUGUUUACGAGGGGAAGGAUGGAGCGAUAGAGGACAUCAUCACAGCUCUGAAGGCCGUCCCCUUCACGGCCCGAUCAGCCAAACGCAGCUCUCGCUUCUUCUGUGACCCCGCCCACUCUGAGGAGCACUACUGAGGGAACCAUGACAUCACAGAGAGAGAGAGACAUUACAUCAUAGCAAGAGUUUA